CGAGUUCUGCGCCGACGUAGAGCAACCGUCGCCACAAGCAGCAGUAUCAUAAGUACAUCGCUCCGGGGAGUGACGACCGAACUUUCAGCAUUCAAGGACCGGUAUCCGCCUCGAAUCAAAUCGCUUCAGUGUGUGUGCUGCAGCAGCGGUACCACCUCCCACGGCACGGCGUACCAGCGUACCAGCACGGCAGGAGACGGCGCGCAAUGGCAGGAACGAGAGGGGUUAUGACCGACACAUUGGCCAGUAGAAAUCUGUCGCGCCUGGGGUCUGCGGCCUUGGGGGUGGUGAAUAAUACCUCUCAGCGGGCACGACGAGAAAAUGCCGGCGCGAAAGGAAGAAUCCCAAGUCAGAGGGAGUACCUGAGGGCUAUCGCCGCGGAGUGCACGUGGCCGAAGGUGUUCGGCACUCCGGAGGGAGUGGUGCCGACGGUGGCCCGGCCAGGGAAGGGGCAAGAGAUGUAUGACCCGAAGGCGACCAUGAUACUCACACCAGAGUUGCGGAAGACGUUUGUGGCGUUGUGGGUCGAGGGCGACGGCAAUUGCUUUUGGCGUUCUAUGGCCAAGGCGCUGUGGGGUACAGAUGAGUACUGGCGCCAGCUGAAGCUCGCAGUACUUGCGUGGAGUGCUGUAAACGUCGAGGCUCUGGUCGGGGAGGGAGGGGCCCUUUUUGGGAGGGCCGGUAUCAUUCAUUACGAUGAUGAGAUUCAUGCAAAGCACAUCUACCGCGGCCCUGAUGGGAAAGUUGAUCACAGGCUUGAUGACGACGCAUCUAUGCUCCUUGAGAGUAUUGCGAAGUUUUCCGCAAACAGACAAUGGGGUGGGUGUCUUGCCGGCGUUUUGUUUACGGAAAGAACCGGAUUAGUGUUGAAGAUGCCGCAUCCUUUUGACAUGCGGGCAAGGAUUAGGGCUGACACCAGCGGUGCGGCCGCUAAGGCAACGGCAAGCUAUGGUGGUGGUAGCGAAGACGAGUUCGGCGACCACCGUUAUUCAUUCACAAAAGUACCGACAGCAGGCCGUAAGGAGAUCAUCUUGCGUGGAGUUAGCGAUGAGGAAGACAUUGUGGUCGAAGAGAUAGCCAUCACAAUGGCGUCCUACGACAGCGCGGUGGUCGGAGACGGAAGCCUCUCUGACAUUCCCGUCAUCGAGGCUGACACAAAUCUCAACCAUUUGAAUCACUUCGCGGCGAUAGUGUGCGCAGACCCGGACGUUCACGUCAGACGUCCGUUCCCGAUGAGCAAAGCUGGACCGCCGCUUCACGCGAAGUUUGACAAGUCAGAUGCGGAGCGGCGUGCGAAGGAGGAAGCUGAGUGGGCAGAGCGGCAAGCACGGAGGGCGGCACAGAGGGCAGUAGAGAGGGCGGAGGCGGAGGCGGAGGCAGAGGCGGCGGCGAAGGCGGGGGCGAAGGCGAAGGAGAAGGCGGAGGCAGAGGCGGCGGCGGCAAAGCGGAAACGUGACGGGGGAGGAGGGAGCGGCAAGCAGCUUGGCACGGACGGGGGGAAUAAGGAGAAAGAGCAGGACAACGGUGACGAGGACGGAGUAGACGAAGCAACCAAGAAGCAGGAAGAGGCUGCUGCGAAGCAGCUGCCGGUCUACGAGGAAAGCGUCCUGGCUGCGGAGCUCGACGCGAAGAAGAAAGCUACGAGGUACCACGAGCUGAAGGAGGCUUUAUCACAGGCCCGACAAAGAUCAGAUGCAAACAAGGAAAACAAACAACUAGUCUGGUUUUGUCUAGCGGCGGAAGAAGAGCUGGGGAAGGGACGGGUUUCUGCAGCAAAGGCUCGACGGGCGUACGAGAAGGCGUUGCGCAACAGAAACAGAGCACUACGAGCGCUAGGCAAGAUAACCCUGAGGACCGGUGUCUCUAGUGUUUUACCUUCCGGCGUUGGUGAGGAUGACGUGAUGGAGUCUGAUAGCCGCAGCGAGGACAGCGAAGACACCAUGGCCAGAGGCUGGAACAGCGACGACGAAUUUUUUUCGGCCGCAGAAGCCCGCAAGACACGGACAGCUGCGAAGGAAGAGGAAGACAGGAGAUUGCGAGCGAUGAUCGAGCGUAAAGUUCUGGCCUGCUCGGAAUUAGCCGCGGCGACGACAGGAGCUAAGGCAGCUGCAAAGCGGGCGAAGAAUGCGUACAAGAGGCUGGUUGAUAUGCUGAUGACGUGGCUUUGGACGGCGGCAGUCAGGAGGAGGAGAGUAAGGCACGGGCAUCAAGCGAGGAAGUUCGGGGUGGCAGAUUGGCGGCCGCUAGAGGGUGGUGGAAGUACAAGCAGGCCAAGCACCUCCAGGCAACCGCAGAACGAGAGCUGCAGAAGACUGAGCACCAAGGCCCCCAGCCUUGGCAGGCAGCACAUCGACGACCACGUGCUCAAGACAGCCGAACAUGUCUUCAGACAACUGACCGAUGUUGGAGCCAGCACGUACGCCGUUAAUGAGAUGGUGGCAGAGAUGCGUGCGAGUGCAGCGUAUGACACGGCGGUUCUGACUGACAAGCAGGCGGAUGACGCGGCGUGCCACGACUGUCUUGACGGCUUGGCCGAGCGGGGGGGGAGGACGGAGGGUUAUUGUGCAGACGUGCCAGCGGAAGCGUUUGAGGGUAGCCACGAUCCGGACAUCACCAUGUACGGAACGACGUCCUUGCCGUCAUUCGCUGAGCUUGUUCGUAAUGUGGGCAUUGAAGCGGUCGUGCAAGUACAAUACAAGUAUCCUAGAACUGCUCGUAGGGGAAAGGUGAGCCACAUUGUCGUGGUUGGGCCUAAGGGAUUCCAGCUGUGCACGUGCUUAAAGCUUAUGAGGUGUGGGUUGCCCUGCAGUCAUGUGUUCGCCGCACUGGUGACAAGGCUCGACCGGGCGAGCGAUUUCAUUGGCGCGUCGAUCCACCCUCGUUGGCGAAAGUCUGUUGUGGAAUGGAGUCUACGGAAUGUCGCACUAGGAACCUUCGAUGGCCACGAGACCUUCACGGGUGGUUUCACGGAAGAUUUUGGUGGGGGUGAUUUUGAUGGGGAUAGCCAGGACACCCUCAACACAAGUGUAGCAUACACACGCAAGAAGGCUUACGUUGACUAUAUCGCGAUGGCCCAGCAGUGGGCGAAUCAAGCGGCAGCGACCUUAGAUGGGACCCCUGCCGCGUACCAAGCAUAUUGCGCAAUGGUAGAAAGGCAGCGACAUGAAGUUCAAGCGCUUCUGCGGGGCCCAGGGCCUAGUGACGGGUUGGCUGGUCUAGGUAACCCACCCAUUGCCCUCCCCAAUGAUAGGAAGGAAACUAGGCACAAGGAUGCUGCUGGCACGGAAGGAGGGCGCCCUAAGAAGAAGUCAAAGGUCGAAAAAGUUGUAGCCUUAAUACAGAGUGGUAAGAUGUAGCCGUGCGUGCGCGUGAUGCCAACUUUUGUCCGACGUGGAACACUGGCGGCGUUGUGUUUCUGAGGAAGAUGUUGGUGCACUGCUGUGCUCCAGCUGGCCAUGGUCUUUCUAGCGUAGCAGUUGCUGUUGAAUAGUCUCUCUCAUUUGCAGUUUGGUUUCUUUGGUGGACUGCCAAUAUAUAUCUUGGCAGGGUGUUGAGAAGAUAGAGAACCUGGUGAUGGAUGAUUUCGUGAUACGGUUGUUUUGGUAUGAAUGACAGUGCCCUCUUUUCUUUUUUGUCUUUGUUAAAAUGCAAAUGAACCUAGGUUGCGUGACUCGGGUUCAAAAGUAUCGUGAAGACCCCUUGCGAAGA